CUGCUCUUGCGGCUAUCUUCGCACUCGCGCCACAACAGCAGCUUACGAGCGAGCUUCAGGAUCCCUGUAUGCUGCUCGCACCGUGGCGCACUAUCUUUGAGCUGUGCGAGAGCUGUCCGACUUACACCAGCUGAGCAGAUCAUCCAGCCAGCCACGCCAGCCGCCGCGUUGGGGCGAAUAGAAACCAGACGAGCCGCUACGCACGAUGCGACGCCCGGCCGCACGGCUCCUGAUCACCGCCCUCACAGCGCGCGCGCUCGAGCCGACGCAGCUCUGGCCGACGACGCAGACGUGUGUAUCAUGUAGAGCGCUGGGCAUGGGCGACUACGACGGUGGCGCUGCUAUUUUUAUGGCACCCGCAGCAACGGGAGGAACAAAAGUAGAAGCCCUGCCCGUGCCCGUCGGUGCCGACGCCGCGAUCGCGAUGGAGAAAGCGUUAAAAGGCCAAGAGUAUGGGAAAGUGCAAACAUUGACCGUAGCCCAAGGCUUGGUGAAUAGAGACGGCGGCGUCUUCGACAAUUUACCUUAUGCCAUGGGCAAAUCGAAGUUCGCCAAAAAAGACCUCUACGAUCGAAUUAGGGGCAAGGACUGGCCCGGGCGGAGCCUGAAGCCCCAGAAUGUGUUUUCAUCAUUAAAGGAGCGGUUCGGGAAGAAGGCGAAGGUAAGGCUUGAGGAUGCUGAAAGGGAUGAGGAUCAGGCGCCUUAUCGGGGCGCGUACGGCUUCCCUCCUGUGUAUGAGGAUGCGCAAUCCCGCAUGUUUGCGGGCUACGUGUCUCCUUAUUCUUUGUUUUUGGAGGCCAUCGGAGAUAUGCUGGACUGCGACGUGACGAGUGCACUGCUCGAGGACGCGUGUCCGCUCGACGACCGGACGGAUCUAGCGGGUGCCUUACGGCUGCAGCCUCGCAACGGCUCCGCUCCACUAAUCGUCGAGUGCUUCGCCGACGAGGCGGUGGGACUAGCAUUGGCGGCUAAUGUAGAUGUUUUGACGGAGCGUUCUUUGCUCGAGGUUUUUUCAAGGACGGCUCGCUUCGGUCUGGAGCGAAGGACGAGCGUCGCUCCCUUGAAGAUGCGGUUGCAAGUUGUCGAUAAUUUGGAGCCUCGUAUCGCGGAGGCGGUGGAAGCUGACGCGCCGGAGACGAUUAAGUCAGCAGACGAGUACGACGCGCUCGGCACGCAGGGCAAGCUGAGGGUGCUGGUCGAGGCCGAGGAAUUUAAGAGGCGCAAGUUGCGAUUACCGCGGCCGCGCGUCAUAAAUGCUGCGGGGAACGACGCGCCGGUGGACGAGCUGCUGAUUCCCUUACUGGACGAGGCGGUGCGCCGGGACCUCGCCGUCGAGGCGGCUUUGAAACGCGGCGACAUCGCUGGGGCGGCCGCUUUGAUGGCGGGGAAGUCCAAAAGACACGCCGCCCGGGACCGCGCUGCGCAGGCGUCGGCGGACGGGGAUCUGGCGGGCGAGCUCCGGGCGCGCGACGACGAGGCGGUAUACUCGGCGAUCCGCGCGGACAUCACGCAGGACGAGGGUAGUUAUUCUCGUUUCUUGGACAAGGACGAGUGGUACGAGCGGCAGCGACGGCGGACGAACGGGGCGUACGACCCGGCGGACGAUCCGCUGCUGAACCCGCCGUGGAAGAGUAAAUCUUAGUAGAAU